GAAUAUAAAAGGAGCCACUUUUUUCUCAUCAAAUCACAUUCUUUCCAGCUUCUGGCAAGUGUGGAUUCUCUGAUCGUGUCAAUAGAAGACGAAGCGUCAAAAUUAUGAGGAAACUUAUGUUGUUGUUCGCUGCGGCAGCAGCGCUGGUGACGAUCGCGGCCGCGCAGGAGGACUUUUCCUUCAACGCCGAAGACGAUGACUCUGAAGACGAGGUGGCGCUGGACAAUGUGGAGGGUGAUGCGCUUUCACGCGUGGUUCGCCGAGUGACUCGUCGGCCACCCCACACGUUCACGACCCCCCGUCGGCCCCCUCCCAUCGUUCGGCCCACCGUCAACGGCCCCGCCGACCCUCCCAACCGCGCCGACCCCAACUCGAUCUUCAGUCGGCCGGUGCGACGCAACCAACGCAACUGGUACACCAUCCCUGAGGGUUGGGCCCUCGAGCACAACCAGCGCCGCUUCUCGCGUCGCCCCGGCGCCCAACGCUUCAGCGUCACCAUCGACCCCGUCAACAACCGCGUCGCCCGUCACGACCUCUACCGCCCACCAACCUUCUACACCGACCGCAACGGCGUCGUCAGACCCUCCAUCGCCCAAGGGCGUCCCAGAGUCUAGGAACCCCUUAUUGUACUCUUGAACUUCACAAUUUCAAAUUAGAUUUUACUGAAAAAUAAACCAUGCAACAUUUCUAUGAUCAUUAAUUUUUGGAAAACAUUCUAACUGUAUUCAAAUGAUGACAAUUAAUAAAGUAUAAAUGAAAAGUUAAAA